AUGGCCGACAUGACAGAUAGAUUGUUGAAGCAUGGAUGGUCUAAAAGACAACUUACAAUAGCGGCUCCUGUAUUAAUUCAUAGUGGUACUGAAAUUAGUGAAGCAAAUAUUAGUAAAGCAAAUAUUGGAUGGUUUAUAAAGACGGAUGAUGCUAUAGUCCAUGGUCCGCGACCCAAUUCCAAGUUUGAUCCAGUUUCUGAAGGAACCACACACCUUGAUUUGUGGUUGAAGAAUUAUCAUGAAGAACCUCGUGACUAUAGGGUUGUCAUGGCGAGAUUAAAACAGUGGUGGAACCUGCUGAAAGUCUGCAGUGAAAUAGCCUUUUAUGGAGCCAUUAUGAUUUUGACAAAAUUUAGCCCUUCAAUAAAACAAUACAUGGUUUCGAAAGCUGGUGAUGUAAUGAAAGAGACUGGAUUCUCUGAAGAAGAUUGGAGCGAAAGUAUGUGUACUUGGGCAGCCUUGAAGAGAAUGUUCCAAUCUAGAUAUCUUGAUGUUUGGAAAACAGCAGAACUUGGUGAGGCUCACUCAAGUGAUGGCUGGCGAUUUGAAAAUAAUUUCGAAUUCAGCACUCACACAAAAUUAAAUGAUCGGGUUCUUGCUGCAAAGAGUUUGCUGAAGGCGGGAGUGUCUAGCGCAGUUGUUUUGGAUUCAAUGAAAAACGAGGCUAAUAAUCAAUAUGGUGGUUUGUUUGAACGGUUGUAUAUUGUUCUAGAUGGUGUUAUUGUGUAUCAAGGAGAAAGGGGGCCAAAUGGAUACCGUAUCGAGGAGGUAGAAGAUUGGUUACAAGCGUUCUGUACAAAAACAGUUCCGGAUAACGGAACAUCUCACGCUACAGUAACAAGUGAGAAGACGUCUUGUUGAUAAAGGUUAAAUGGAAGCUGUAGGUCGAUGCGGAUAAGAGUGGAUAUGCUGAAUUUUUGUCUAAGCUUCUCAUAUUAUUCAAAACAUAGCACUGCACAGCAAAGAAAAAUGCUUUUCUAUAAUAGUUUAAUUUGUUUUUGUAUAAUUGUAUCUAGUAUGUUGUUGUUAUUGUCGUCGGGGUAACUCUUACAUGGUACAAAUAUUUCCUCUUUAUUUUGAAUGUCAUAUAUCAUAAUUAUGUGUCUCAAUGAAGAUUUUUAAAGAAAAAAGCAUUACUUUACAAUCGGAUGUUUAGGAUGUCAUAUUAUGAUAUAAAGAUCAUUUUUUUGUUUAUAGAUAUUGCUUUUAUCUCACAAAAUGAUAUUAAAUUAUUAAUAUAUACG